UGUUGCCUGAUUAUAAAACUGCUAGUGCUUUCUUAACUGUUAACACGCUUCUUCGUCGCCUGCUUUAAAUGUCAAAAAGGCAAGGGGACGAGGUUCACAUUUUUACUCUGCAACUUAAUAAAUGAAAUGAAAAAAUAGAAGACAUUAACUCUGUAUUCGCCACAAAAAGAAAGAAAACAAUAUUAUCCUCGCCAGUGGAACCACACGCUGUUACUAUAAUUUUUCACCAGUUCACCCCAAGAGAUAUUGUAGCAUGGGUUUGCGGUAUGAUAUUCUUCAUUAACCCUUUUAAACGUACCUGUACAUAAUGUUAACCAGUCAAAACAAACGAACUGACCCUCAAUGAAAGGCCGCAAUGAAUGGACGAAGUAGAGAAAUUUCAAAACAUGAGUUACGAAAUUGAACGAAAUGAUAUUUUAAAAGAGGGAUUCUUGGUUAAAAAGGGACACAUUAGACAUAAUUGGAAAUCUAGAUGGUUUGUGUUACUUCCAAAUGUCUUAUGUUAUUUCAAAUCUAAAGGGGAAAGUGUGCCAAAGGGAAUAAUAAAUCUAAAAGGUUGUUCUGUUAUCUCACCAGAUCCAGAAUACGUUAAAAAGGAGUAUGUGUUUCGUUUGAUUGAAAUACUUGGAACAGAAUAUUUGCUUCAAGGGAGUAAUGAAACAGAACGAGAUAGCUGGGUUCAAGAAAUUGGUGCUGCCAUUAGAAAAUUAGAUACUCUUACAAAAACGAAUUCUAUUAAGGUGUCCAAUCGUGAAACGCUAGAUUCUCCAGCACCUGACUUCGUUCGAAAAUCUACAAAUUCACCCAUACUAGUUAUUUUACAGAACAGAGUGACUCAUUCUGAUUUAAUGGUAGCAAUGCAAGAUAACGAAGCUGGUAUAACUUUAAGAAAUCAUCAACUUGGUGCAGAAGUUUACAAAUUAUGUUUCUCAGGAGAAGCCCUCAUAUCAUGGUUACUUUCCUGGGCUUUCGUAAAAUCGCGAGAAGAAGGUCGCAUAAUAGCUGGAGAAUUAAUGGAAGAAGCAUUCAUACACCCUGUUGGUCCUGUCAGUGAAACAUCCGUUAAAAGGAAAGCAGCUAGAAAAGCUUUUUGUGACACAAAUGAUGCUCUUUAUAGAUUUUCUUCAAUAACACCAAAUAGUGGACUGGAUAUUGAUUUUGAUCUCUCUGAUUCAUCUGAGGGUUCAGAUGAAGAUUCUAUAAUUGAAGACUUACAAGCAACUGUGUUGAAGCAAGGAUUUUUAGUUAAAAAGGGUCAUGUUCGUCAUAAUUGGAAAGUUCGAAAAUUCAUACUUUUUGACGAACCAGCAAGACUUUCUUAUUAUAAUCCAACGAAAGAUAAAAAGAGCAAAAAAGGACGAAUAAAGAUACUCGGUGCUGAAGUCAAAGCUCUCGUUGACGAGGAAGAUAAAAGUGAUACAUCAUGCGCCAGAGGAGCGAAGAAUGUUGUACGUGAGCAUUGUUUCUUAAUACAAACUAGAAAAGGAGUAAAAUAUAUACUACAAGCUCCCUCAGAAGAUGAAGUGAAUAAUUGGGUUAAACUAUUACAAAAAGUUAUACAGAAAUAUCAAGAACCUGAAUAGAUAUAAAAAAAAUUAAUAAAGAAUAGUUUAACAAAAGUUAGAUAUAAUAUUUAAAGUUUAUUGCAACGUAAAACGAUUUGUGCGCCCUUAGUACUUCCUAAAAUUAUCCAAUUAUCUUAGUGGCCUUAUUACAAAAUAUUCGCACGGUAUAAUUGAAACAGGUUAGGAAAUUGAGCGUUCCAAACUUUUGCUCUGGCUUGUUUAAGUAAAUACUGAUUAAUACAUAUUUUAAUUGUAAAAUGCGAAAUGCUAGUUUCUUUGAUAUUAUGAUAUUAUUACAAAUUUCACAUUCAACUGAACUAGAACGUAGCGGAAAUAUUUAGAUUGUCAUUUUAUGUAGUGCCGUGUAAAUGUGUUCAUUGUAGAGAAUCUAAAAUCCUUUGAAAUCGAAGCAAACAUUUCUGCAGGGAACAUUCACCCCCAAAAAAAAACACUUGUGGAUAUUUAUGAAGCUUAGUGAAAAUCUUUAAGUAACAGCAAAAAUGUUGUUUUUUAAACAAACAAAACAAAAAUUCUCGGUAAUUUGCCUCAAUAUACGUACUCCCGUCCUGAAUUUCAAGGCUGAUCACCCUACACUAUGUUGCAUUUUCGUUGAAACAUACGUAAGAAUCAACGUUAAAAAGACACACUCCAAAAAUUUUAGCAAAAACACAUCCUGAAGCUUUUUAUGUGACAUGCGUAAUUUUUUUAUAGAGAUAAACUUAUGAAAUAUAAUAUGUUGUAGACUAAAAAUGUUUUUAUAUAUUUUUCAUAGUUUAUCAUGAUAUAUUUUUAUAGUUAUACAUAUAUAAUACCUGAACCUCAUGGACGUUAGUUCUGCCAAUCUAACGACAUUGAUUUUAUGGAAUAUUUUGUAAUUUUUGAUUGUUCGUGUAUAUAUUGUAUAUUUAUUUUGGGUUAAUUUUGGGAUUAUUAAUAUAAUUCUUAAAAUCGA